AUGUUGGACAGGGAGAAAGAAGAGGAGCGGGACUUGGAGCUGCAGCUGGAGCGGACCAAGUCCGUCAGCACGGCCGUCCAGUCCUUCUCGCCCUUCCGCGAGUUCCUCUUCGUGACGGUCGUGUGCAUGUCGCAGUUCAUGACCCAGGCGGCUCUGGGAGCCUGCCUGUCGCCGCUGGACAUCAUCGGGGACAGCUUCCACAUCACGAACCCGGGCAUCCUGAGCUGGCUGAUAGCUGGCUACUCGCUGACGGUGGGCACGUUCAUCCUGUUCUUCGGCCGUUGCGGCGACAUCUUCGGCUACCGGAUUCUCACGACCGUCGGCUGGUUUUGGUUCGCCAUCUGGUCCAUGGUUGCUGGUGUCAGCGUCUACUCGAACUAUAUUCUCUUCAUCUUUGCGCGGACUCUGCAGGGCAUCGGGCCCGCGAUGCUGUUGCCCAACGGCUUGGCCUUGCUCGGUGCAACGUACCGGCCUGGCAAGAAGAAGUUCAUGGUCUUCUCGCUGUUCGGGGCGACGGCGCCGAAUGGGUCCAUCAUCACGUCGGUCUUUGCGGCGCUGUUCUCGCAGCUUGCCUGGUGGCCGUGGACGUGGUGGUCCAUGGCUAUCUGCUGUUUUAUCUGUGGCGUACUGGGCAUGGUGGUCAUCCCGCCGACUCCCUCGGCGGCCAGGGGGAUGGGCCUGUUAGAACUCAUUUUCGAGCUGGACGUUAUCGGUGCCACGCUGGGUGUAUCGGGCUUGGUCCUUGUCAACAUCGCGUGGAAUCAAGGCCCCGUCGUAGGCUGGGAACAGCCGUACGUCUACAUCCUCCUGAUCAUCGGCGCGGUCAUCCUGGCCGCGUUCUUCGCCUACGAGAUCAAAUUCGCAACGCAUCCGCUCAUCCCCUUCCACGUUCUGAACGCCAAUGUCUCCUUCAUCCUCAUCUGCGUCGCCUGCGGCUGGGCCAGUUUCGGCAUCUGGAUCUACUACAACUGGCGCUUCCUCGAAGUCAUCCGCAAGCACACCCCGCUUCUCGCGUCCGCCGAAUUCGUGCCCCCGACUAUCGUGGGCCUCAUCGCCGCCUUCACGACGGGUUUCCUCAUGCAGAAGGUGAAGCCGAGCUGGAUCAUGCUCGUCUCCAUGCUAGCAUUUACCCUUGGCAAUAUCUUCUGCGCUAUCGCCCCCGUCCACCAGACCUACUGGGCUCUUACCUUUGUCACCUUGCUGGUUAUUCCAUGGGGCAUGGAUAUGUCCUUCCCCGCUGCGACUGUUAUCCUGUCCAAUGCCGUCGGUGUCCGCCACCAGGGCAUGGCGGCGUCCCUGGUCACGACCGUUGUCAAUUACAGUAUCUCCAUCGGACUUGGCAUCGCCGGUACCGUCGAGGUACAUGUGAAUAACGGCGGACACAAUCCGCGCGAUAUCCUAAAGGGAUACCGUGGGGCUCUCUACGUGGCUAUCGGACUUGCUGGGCUUGGGUCUGUGUCGAGUGUUGCCUAUUUGAUUAAGACCAGGGGACAGUCUGUGCAGGAGGAGGAUGAAACCAGUGCGGAAAUCGAGGCGGAUUUUGAAAGGGAUGCCAGAGGGGAAGGAGGUGGUGAUAAGGAAAUCGAGACAAGUUCUGGUGAGAGGGAUUGA